ACAAAACUUAUAUCGCUGUACAAUAACCACGAGCCCAGGAAGCGUGUAGCUAUCUAUCCCUCUCCAAAGACCCCCCAGCUCUCAGUCACAAGCUUCUCACCCCAAAACCGUACAUGCCCAGACCAACCAGAGAGUCACACGCUGAGCAGCAGCAACAGUAGCAAGCGGUGUCGCAAGCCAUGAGGAGAGCCGCGGCCUUUGCGUUCCGUAGAGUAUUUCACCAGCGCAGCAGCAUCAGCGGUAGUAUCAGAUCAAGCCUACAGCAUCAGCCCCGCUAUUAUUCUAGUCCACACUUGGAUUAUCCUAAUCACCUCGCGCGCCCGCGCGCGUUUACUUUAUCGCCAUCAUGCCACCCGCGCGGGUCGUCCCCUCCGGCGGCUCUCGGAUCUUUACUAUUCUCCAGCCUCGCUGGAGGAGGAGGGGAGGUGGACGAGGAAGAGGGAGAGGUGCUGGACAUGGAGGCCGGCACGGUGCGGUGCGCGGCCAACUACGCGCCGCUGUCGCCGAUCAGCUUCAUCGAGCGCGCCGCGGCCGUGUACGGGGGCCGCGCCGCCGUGGUGUACGGGGAGCGGCGGCGCACGUGGAGGGAGGCGCGGGACCGGUGCGUCCGCGUGGCGGCCGCGCUCGCCACCCGCUUCGGCGUCGCGCGCGGUGAUGUGGUCGCUGUCCUCAGCCCAAACGUGCCGGCUAUGUACGAGCUGCACUUCGCCGUGCCCAUGGCCGGGGCAGUCCUCUGCACGUUCAACACGCGGCAUGACGCAGCAAUGGUGUCCGCUCUACUGAAGCACUCUGGCGCCAAGGUGUUCUUCGUCGAGUCGGAACUCCUCGACGUCGGGAGAGCCGCGCUGAAGCGCCUCGCUGAGUCCAACACCGCCACCCUUCCUGUUCUUCUAACCAUCUCAGACACCGACUCCGACGACUACGAAAAUCUCGUCAAGAACGCAGCUUCCCAGUUCGACAUCCGGUGGCCGGUGAGCGAGCUGGACCCGAUUACGCUGAACUACACGUCCGGCACGACGUCGAGGCCCAAGGGCGUGGUCUACAACCACCGCGGCGCGUACCUCAACACCAUCGCCACGGUCCUCGCGUACGACAUCACCACCAUGCCGACGUACCUGUGGACCGUGCCGAUGUUCCACUGCAACGGCUGGAACCUGCCGUGGGGCGUCGCCAUGCAGGGCGGCACUAACGUCUGCCUCCGCCACUUCACGGCGAAGGUCAUCUUCGACAGCAUCGCACGGCACAAGGUCACCCACAUGGGCGGCGCGCCCACGGUUCUCAACAUGAUCGUGAACGCGCCGGUCGCAGACCGCAAGCCGCUGCCGGGGCCGGUGCGCGUCAUGACGGGCGGAGCGCCGCCGCCGCCGCGUGUCUUGUUCGCGAUGCAGGAGCACGGGUUCGUGGUAUACCACAUCUACGGCCUCACCGAGACGUACGGACCGGCGACGGUCUGCACGUGGAUGCCGGAGUGGGACGCGUUGCCGGCGGAGGAGCGCGCGCAGCUGAAGGCGCGCCAGGGGUUCCACCACAUCGCGAUGCAGGAUGUCGACGUCAAGAACCCGGACACGAUGAAGAGCGUUCCGUACGACGGCCAGAUGGUGGGCGAGGUGAUGUUUCGAGGCAACACCGUGAUGAGCGGGUAUUACAAGGACAUCAACGCGACGAAAGAAUCAAUGGCUGGUGGGUGGCUGCACACCGGUGACCUCGCCGUGCGGCACCCGGACGGGUACAUUCAGCUCAAGGACCGGGCCAAGGACAUCAUCAUUUCCGGCGGCGAGAACAUCAGCUCGAUCGAGGUGGAGUCGGUGAUCUUCAGCCACCCCGCGGUGCUCGAGGCGGCGGUCGUGGCCAGGCCAGAUGACUACUGGGGUGAGACGCCUUGCGCGUUUGUCAAGCUGAAGGACAGCGCCAGCGCCACGGAAGCCCAGAUCAUAAGUUUUUGCCGGGAGAGGCUGCCCCAUUACAUGGCACCGAAGACGGUGGUGUUUGAGGAUUUGCCCAAGACAUCGACGGGGAAGACGCAGAAGUUUGUUCUUCGGGAGAAGGCCCGGGCUAUGGGCAGCCUGAGUGCAACUCCAACAGAACAUCUAUAA